AUGGAGAUGUCGCAGAUUCGAAAAACGGCAAAAGUUCCAAGUGUCGGAUUUGUCGGAGUCCCUCUUGAGGAUAACACAACUAUUAGUCACCCCGUCCUUUCUCAUGAAUCUUCCGGUGUUCUUGAGGAAUACGAAAUUGUUACUUCUAGCGGCAUUCCUAUCCGAGUUUAUCGACAACCCUCGAAUUCCAAAUCCGCCAUACUAACGUACCACGAUAUCGGAACAAAUCACACCUCAUUUUUGGGCUUUUUCUCCUAUCCUGAGAUGCAGGUGAUUUCGCGUCAUUUUACAAUCUAUCAUGUAUGUGCUCCGGGUCAUCAUGAAGGAGCUGAGCCACUUACACUCAACCCAGUAGAGGGUGAAACAUCUCUACUUCGUUCGAAUGAGGAGAGGAACAUUUCUACCACGGGUGAGGACAGCCUUUUCGGGCGACAGUCUGCUUACCAGAAUGUUGCAGAUGAUAGCGUUACUUCCACAACGACCAGCCAAUAUCCCAGAAUGGACGAGUUGGCCGAAAUGCUAACCUCAGUUGUGGACUACUUCAAAAUGAAAUACUUUGUCGGUUUUGGCAUGGGUGCCGGCUCCAACGUUCUGGCGCGUUUCGCGCUCCGUCAUCCGGACAAUGUGCUUGCUCUGUUUCUGCUCAAUCCCAAUGGAACGACUCACGGCUACUAUGAGUGGUUCCGCAAUCGCUGGUCUGAUCUGCCCAAUCUGCAGCGGGGCUUCUUCACCGACAACCUCCUCAGCCAACUUGAAGCACACUGGUUCGGAUUUGGUCUGGCGGAAAAUCACGACCUUGUUGCCUUCUACACUCAACUUGCUCGCAGUCUUAAUCCUAUCAACGUGGCAGGAUACAUUGACUCUUACAUAAACCGUACCGACCUCGGUCUUGUCCGCUGCCUUGAUCCACCCUCGGUGAUUGAACAGCGCGAACGCGAAGCCGGGUCUCAAGCAACUCAGCCCACUGCGAUCAAGGUCAAUUGCUGCCUUGUAACGGGUGCUCUGGCGCAAGACUUGGCUCGUGCGUUGUCUGACUUAAAUGGACGUAUGGAUCCAAGAAAGACACAGUUCCUUCUAGUGCCCGAUUGCAAUGGAUUUCUGAUGGAAGAGGACCCGGACAAGUUGGCGGUGAACUUUCUACAUUUCCUACGGAACGAAGGCUUCUUGGUGAGUAUGACCCCAGAGAAGCUGCACAAAGAAGCGGCUGCACUACAGAUGGAACUGGCGCGAAGAACCAAUCAGGAUUUACCUAACUCCGCUUUUAUGCUAGAACAGGAGGCUUAA